AUGGCUUUCGGUGACAGAGGCGGUCGUGGCGGCGGUGGUCGUGGCGGCGGUCGAGGUGGUUUCGGUGGUGACAGGGGUGGCAGGGGCGGUGGUCGAGGUGGUGGUCGAGGCGGUUCUUUCGGUGGCGACAGGGGUGGUAGGGGUGGUGCCCGAGGUGGUGCCGGUGGUCGAGGACGAGGUGCUCCCCGUGGUCGAGGUGGCCCCGGAGGCGGUCGAGGUGGCAAGCCCGGUAUGGGCCGAGCUGGUCCCGGUGCCGUCACUCUCGAGCCCCACAAGCACGAAGGUGUCUACAUUGCCAAGGGCAAGGAGCACUUGCUUGUCACCCGAAACAUGACCCCCGGCGAGUCAGUGUACGGCGAGAAGCGAGUCUCUAUUGCGACCACCAACGCUGAGGGCGAGGAGGAGAAGAUUGAGUACAGGGUCUGGAACCCCUUCAGGAGUAAGCUUGCCGCUGGUAUCUUGGGUGGUUUGGACAACAUCCACAUCAAACCUGGAGCCAAGGUUCUCUACCUCGGUGCUGCUUCCGGUUCUUCCGUCUCCCACGUCUCAGACAUUGUCGGCCCCGAGGGUGUCGUCUACGCUGUCGAGUUCUCUCACCGACCCGGACGAGAGUUGAUCGGUAUGGCCAAGAAGAGGACCAACGUUGUCCCCAUCGUUGACGACGCUCGUCACCCCCAAAAAUACCGAAUGCUCGUGCAAAUGGUCGAUGUCAUCUUUGCCGAUGUCGCCCAGCCCGACCAGGCCCGUAUCAUUGCCCUCAACGCCCACCACUUCCUCCGUAACGGCGGUGCCAUCGUCAUCUCCAUCAAGGCCAACUGUAUCGACUCUACGGCGCCCGCGGCUCAGGUGUUUGCUUCCGAGGUUAACCUGAUGAGGAAGGAGGGUAUCAAGCCUAAGGAACAACUUACUCUUGAACCUUAUGAGCGAGACCACGCCAUCGUUGUCGGUAUCUACAACCGUCACGAGUAA